AUGGUGAUGUUUAAGCUUAUAAUUGAAAAGUUUGUGUUGCCAUCAUCUAAAACGCAAGACGUUUAUAAGGAUAAUGUUCAUGUUGACAAAGAGAAAAUGAAAGCCAUGAAACUGCCAUUUGAUGUGAAGAAAGGGCAGUUCGCGGUAUUCGCAACUGAAGGAGAUGUAGGCAACAGGUUUAUAGUUGAACUGGAUUGUCUUAGUAAUAAUCCUGCCUUCUUGAUACUGUUAGAGAAAGCUGAACAAGAAUUUGGGUUCAGACAAGGUGGAAUUCUUGGUUUGCCUUGUAAACCAGAUGAGCUCAUGAGGGCUUUGGGUAGUAGUAUUAGAAGUACAAGAAAAUAA